CUCGUAGUACAAGUGAGAUGGUCCGUGGGGUUUUUGUCUGUGUUGCCGCGGGGGCUGGCAUUAUUUUUGCAGGGUAUUGUUUUUAUUUUGACAGAAAAAGACGGAGUCACCCUGAUUUUUGGAAAAAUCUCAGAAAAAAGAGGAUGGAACAAAAGGCUCUUGAAGCUCAAAAGUCAUCCACUUUCCCAUUGCCACCUAUAAAUGAUCAGACUGGGAUGCAGAGAUUUUUUCUUCAACAAAUACAACAAGGAGAAACUGCCCUGAGCAUGGGCUCUUUAGAUGAGGGUGUCAACCAUUUUGCUAUUGCCGUUGCUGUUUGUGGUCAACCCAAUCAGUUACUACAGGUGCUCCAACAGUCACUUAGCCCAACUGUGUUUCUAAGACUUAUUGAGGUCCUUCCUUCGGUGCAAUCUAAAUACAAGACGAUGAUCGCUAGUCGUACAUCAUCAGCACGAGAAAUCGAAGAAGAUCUUGAAUAGAAGUAUCUUAAAUUGUUAAUGUACAAUCUGACUCCAAAAAAUAUAUUAGUUUUUUAUAUUACUGGUUCUCAGUAGUAAGAUGGUUUUUGGUUAUAACCGGUUUGUUUUGAUUUUUAGUUAUUGCUAACUGGACUUAUCAU